AUGUUGUCGUGUGUGUUUUUUUUAAUUAGUCUUGCAACGACAGCUCUUGCCAGCGGAUCCUAUUUCUGCGGUACCUCAGCUAGUGCCACAGAAUUCAAAUGCAAGCAAGGGUCAGAUUGUGUCCGCAAAGAGAAUGUUUGUGACGGGACUAGAGAUUGUGAUGAUGGAAGUGAUGAGGAAUUAUGCUCCAACUCUCAGUCCAAAACUUGUAUUUUACCACCAUACCCAGCCCAUGGCACGUACGAAGUAUGGAACGCACCUAUAGAUCGUCUAAAAGGGCCUGGGCAAUCUUUCGAGUCUUUCCUGCUGAAGCUGAAAUGUGAUCCUGGGUAUGGCGUUACGGAGCCAGGGUUCGAAUCAGAUAUUAACGGCGUCCGAGAUAUAUACUGUAUAAACGGCAAGUGGUCUCAGAAAAUGGCAGAAUGUGAGCGAUUCUGCAAAUUGGACCCAGACCCCAGCGUCCGUUUCAUUUGUGGAGGAAGAUUAUGUAAUACUUACGUACCGCCAGGGACAGUGGUUAAUCCCAUCUGCAACAGUCCCGUCUAUUAUUCCACUGAGGGGCUCCUCUACAUGACUUGUAUAGGCGGAUCAUGGGACUACGUCGCUCGAUGCAGAGCAGACUGUGGUCGAGUUACUCCUAAUGGUGUUCAGCUGAUUAUUGAUGGUAAGGCAUCCAAACGUGGCGAGCUACCUUGGCAUGUUGGUAUCUACCGGAAGACUAGCAAACCCUUCACCCAAAUCUGUGGUGGCUCUCUCGUCUCCAACGAUGUGGUUAUUUCUGCCGCUCAUUGUUUCUGGAGUGAUUUGAAGAAACUACAACCCGCGUCUGAUUUUGCCGUAGCUAUCGGCAAAUUACACCUCGAUUGGAAUGACUCAAGAGAUAUUGAUGUUCAAAAAUCUAACGUAAAAAAAAUUUCAAUACCAAGAUUAUUUGAGGGCGUGCAAGCCAACUUCCAAGAGGACAUAGCAGUCUUGAUCCUCACAACCUCUUUCGUCUACAAGACGUACAUUCGGCCUGUUUGCCUCAACUUCGACGAUAUAUUUGACAGACUGCAGUUGCAGCAUGGAAAUUUGGGCAAGUUAGCUGGUUGGGGUCUUACAUCAGUAAAUGGUGGUUCAGCUCCUUAUCUUCAAGUAGUUCAGUUGCCUUUUAUCAGUGAAGGAGUCUGCAUUAAAGCUCUGCCAGCUUCGUUUAGGCCGUACAUCACUGGUGACAAGUUUUGCGCUGGGUAUACCAAUGGUACGGCCGUAUGCAAGGGUGACAGUGGCGGUGGUCUAGCGUUCCCAGAGAGGGAGCAAGGUAUGGACCGCUACUAUCUGAGGGGCGUUGUAUCCACAGCGCCGAAUCUAGAGGACCAGUUGUGCAACGACAAGUCUUAUUCCACUUUUACGAAGAUUACUAAACAUCAGGAGUUUAUUAAGAAUGCGCUCGCUGAAGCAAUAUCAUUAAAAACCUGUCCGAGAGGUCAAGAGGCAACUUGUAACCCGAACCCACCGUACGUGGAAGAUUCUGAUGGACCUAACAAUGGCGGUGUCAUACCAGUUCCACUGUUAGUCCCUCCUUCCUCAACGUCAAACGAUCCAUACGCCUGUAUUCUUCCUCCUCAACCUAAAUCUGGAUUAUUUGAAAUCAAAACUAAUCAUAAGGACAACGAAUUUUUCGUCCUUAACGUGAAAUGUCAGUUGUUUCUAUGGGAAAUGGAACCGGAAUAUGCCAAGAUGUAUUUAGUAAUUUUCAACGUCAAGUAUUCUGUAUAG